UUGUUCCGCCCCCGGCCUCCCGCCCUUCCCCUUCCCGCCCGCUCCCCUUUUCCCCUCAGUCGCCUCGCGCCUGCAGUUUUUGGCUUUCACCCCCAACAGUGACCAAAGACUUGACCACUCAAAGUCCAGCUCCCUGUAACACUGCUCGACAUGGACACCGGUGUGAUUGAAGGUGGAUUAAAUGUCACUCUCACCAUCCGGCUACUUAUGCAUGGAAAGGAAGUUGGCAGUAUCAUCGGAAAGAAAGGAGAAUCCGUUAAAAAGAUGAGAGAGGAGAGUGGUGCACGUAUCAACAUCUCAGAAGGAAAUUGUCCUGAGAGAAUUAUCACUUUGGCUGGACCCACUAAUGCCAUCUUCAAAGCCUUUGCUAUGAUCAUUGACAAACUGGAAGAGGACAUCAGCAGUUCUAUGACCAAUAGUACAGCUGCCAGUAGACCCCCAGUCACUCUAAGGCUGGUGGUUCCUGCUAGUCAGUGUGGCUCUCUCAUUGGAAAAGGUGGUUGCAAGAUCAAGGAAAUACGAGAGAGUACAGGGGCUCAGGUCCAGGUGGCUGGGGAUAUGCUCCCCAAUUCAACUGAGCGGGCCAUCACUAUUGCUGGCAUUCCGCAAUCCAUCAUUGAGUGUGUCAAACAGAUCUGCGUGGUCAUGUUGGAGUCCCCUCCGAAGGGCGUGACCAUCCCGUACCGGCCCAAGCCGUCAAGUUCUCCAGUCAUCUUUGCAGGUGGUCAGGACAGGUACAGCACAGGCAGCGACAGUGCGAGCUUUCCCCACACCACCCCGUCCAUGUGCCUCAACCCUGACCUGGAGGGACCACCUCUAGAGGCCUAUACCAUUCAAGGACAGUAUGCCAUUCCACAGCCAGAUUUGACCAAGCUGCACCAAUUGGCAAUGCAACAGUCUCAUUUUCCCAUGACGCAUGGCAACACCGGAUUCAGUGGCAUUGAAUCCAGCUCUCCAGAGGUGAAAGGCUAUUGGGCAGGUUUGGAUGCAUCUGCUCAGACUACUUCUCAUGAACUCACCAUUCCAAAUGAUUUGAUUGGCUGCAUAAUCGGGCGUCAAGGCGCCAAAAUCAAUGAGAUCCGUCAGAUGUCUGGGGCGCAGAUCAAAAUUGCGAACCCAGUGGAAGGAUCUACUGAUAGGCAGGUUACCAUCACUGGAUCUGCUGCCAGCAUUAGCCUGGCUCAAUAUCUAAUCAAUGUCAGGCUUUCCUCGGAGACGGGUGGCAUGGGGAGCAGCUAGAACAAUGCAGACUCAUCCAUAAACCUUUUCUGCUGUUCACCUCCACCACCCAUGAUCCAUCUGUGUAGUUUCUGAACAGUCAGCGAUUCCAGGUUUUAAAUAGUUUGUAAAUUUUCAGUUUCUACACACUUUAUCAUCCACUCGUGAUUUUUUAAUUAAAGCGUUUUAAUUCCUUUCUCUGUUCAGCUGUUAAUGCUGAGAUCAUAUUUAGUUUUAUAAGCUUCCCCCUUUUUUUGUGGGUUUUUUUUUGGCUCAUGAAUUUUUGUUUGUCAUGGAAAAUGUAAGAGUGGAAUAUUAAUACAUUUCAGUUUAGUUCUGUAAUGUCAGGAAUUUUUCAAAAAAAUAUUAAAAGAUGGACUGGAGCUUUUUCUUUGUGAAUAGAAACUGGAUGCCACAGUGAUUCAUGUGGGUUUGA